GCCUGGAGAGCCGGAGCGCCGACGUACGGCAAAAUGCUGGAACCGGACAAAGAUCUUGUAGCAAAGAUGCUGCGGGCUGUUUUGCAGUCUAACAAAAAUGGUGUGCCUUUUCCUAGACUGCAAAGUGAAUAUAAAUCCCUUACUGGAGAAUAUAUUCCAUUCAAGGACAUGGGCUUCCACACACUUGAAGCGUACAUUAAAGCCAUUCCAACAGUUGUAAGGAUCGAAGUCAGCCGAGGUGGCGAGGUUAUCUGCCAUGCUGUGGUCUGCAAGGAGACAGCCCAGAUUGCUGAGCUUGUGGCACGUCAAAGAAGUUCAAAAAAGAAAUCCGGAGGCCAAGUAAACUGCCAGAUGAGGCUGAAAUAUUCUGUUCCCUUCACUCACUUUGGUAAACCAAAGGCAAUGCUUAGAAAGCCAGGGUUUGCAUCCCAGCCUGACCGAGUUUUGAAAAGGCCUGUAAUGCCAUCUGCAUGGGGAAAGGGGGCUGUUUGGAGUGGCUGGCCACCAGCAAACCCUAGUCCUCUACACUCAGCACCAGUUUAUGGAGCAGGGCUUCUAAAGGAGGUGCCAGUGCAGAGACCUCAACCCAUUAUUAACAGGCCUGAAAGAAAAGUAACUCUUCCUCCCCGAUUCCAGAAAGAAGCAAACCUACAUACGUUUCAGCAAACCACUACAGAUUCCAAUGCUAAUGAGACACAACCGGGCAAACCUGCAUUGCUUGGUAAUUUCCAUCCUAACCUCCCUAUGAUUCAGUGCAACCUGCGUGAUUUGUUCAGUAAGCACGGUAAUGGUAUUUCACUGUCCAAGUUGCCUCAAAUAUACAAGGAAACCUUCAAACAUGAUUUGAGUGAUGAGGUGCUAAAACAGAUUGUUAAUUGGACGCACAUUUGCACGGUGCAAAGGCCUGCAAACAACAACCAGAAUGAGAUCAUUCUUUACGCCACUACAAAAAAACAGCCGAACACUCCCAAGAUUAACCAGCAAAAUACUAAUGGUCAGGUUAAACCAAAUGUGCCCUCUAGUGCUUCAAAGCCAUCUUCACCAGCAGAACUCAGUGCAAAAUCAAUUUCUAGUGCUGAACUGAAGGGAAAAGUUUGUGAACUCUUGUCAAACUACAGCAGUGGUCUCUGGUUACAUGCACUUCCCAAAGUCUUUGAAGACGCAUUCAAAAUAACCUUUCCUUUGGAAACUUUUAAGGUGGCAGAACUGUCUGACAUUUGCACUAUCCAGGUCAUUUCCGAAAACCCUUACAAAGGAAUUCUUUAUGCAAAGCCCAUCGAAAGUGUGGGGGAAAAUCUUAACGUUUCAGUCAAUGCGAACAAUGAAAAACAGGCUGAAGCUCCAUCCUGCACGGCACAUUCAGCAGAGGAGGAGUCAGAUGCUGACAUGAUUACUCCACCAUUGGUUAUUCCAUCGGAAGCUUCCCCCUCUGUUCUUGUGGUAGAAUUAAACAACACACAAGAAGUUGUGAUCAGGUAUGUUGGUGAAGACUAUUCUGCUGCACAAGAACGGAUGGAAGAUGAAAUGAAGGAGUUUUAUAUCAAAAAUGCAAAUCCAGUUUCAUCACAUUCUCUGAAGUUGGGACAGCUUGUGGCUGUAAAAGCAGAAGAGGAGGCAUGGCUGCGUGCUCAGAUAUCUGCAUUUGAAGAUAAUAAAAUCAAGGUUCUCUAUGUGGACUAUGGCUUUAGUGAAGUGGUUGACUGCACCAAAGUCAGCAGGCUGAGCAAACCCUUCUACUCUCUUCCGUUCCAAGCCACAAAAUGCAGACUGGCAGGUUUGGAAGCUUUCUGUGAUGACCCUGUGCUAGUCAAAGAAGUAGAGGCUAAAGCCUGCGGUAAAAUUCUUGCUGUAGAGAUGCUACAAAAGACAGAAAAGCCUCUUGUCAUACUCUAUGAUACAUCAGGAGAUGAUGAUAUAAAUAUAAACUCUAUCUGUCUGAGAGAAUUAUGUGAUCGUUCUCUGAGCGUACAGUUGAAGGUGAAUUCUUCCUACACAAAUGUAAUUGUCACGAACGUUUGUUCUGAUGGUACCUUAUUUUGUCAAGUCCCAUCAAAGGGCCUGACCAAACUAUAUGAAACUUUGCAGAAAGUUGAAACCCACUUCAAUUCUAAGACUGUCACUUCGGAUUUAUGUGUCUCCCUCCCAUUCUGCGGAAAAAUAUGCUUGUUCCAGAGCAAGGGGAAAUGGACACGUGUGGAGAUAACAAGCGUCCACAGCAGUCGCACAAUAGAUGUUAAGUUCCUUGAUUCUGGAACUAUUGCUUCUGUUAAAGUGUCUGAACUGAAAGAAAUUCCCUCUCAAUAUCUGCGAGAUAUAAUUUCAAUACCACCUCAGGCUACCAGGUGCUGUCUUGCAGAUCUUCCACAUAACAUUGGUAUGUGGACACCAGAUGCAGUGUUGUGGCUCAGAAACGCAGUUUUAAACUGUUCAGAGUGUAGCAUCAAGGUAGUGAAUAUAGAUGGAGCAAAAAGAAUGGUGUAUGUUUACCUCUUUACAUCAAAGAACUUUGCCGAUCCUGAACGAAGUGUCAAUCGCCAGAUUACAAAUGUGGAGUUGUGGAAACAGAAGAACUUGCCUAGCACUGCUACCUCUUUAUCAAAAGGCAGAGGUGAUGCUAGCACACCUACAGCCACACAGCGGAAGGAUCAAGCUAGCAUUCCAAAGAAACCCAUCACUGAGCAGACUAGCACUGGCCCUUCCUUGGAUCUGCCACCCCCUUUACCUCUGCCAAAGAGCAGUGAACACAUGGAUGUUUUUGUAUCUGUGGCUUGCCACCCUGGCCAUUUUGUCUUCCAGCCAUGGCAGGAGUUGCACAAGUUGGAAGUAGUUAUGGAAGAAAUGCUUUUACACUACAGCAGUACUGAGGAGAAGCAAGUGGACAUUGAGAAAAAUAAAGUAUAUGCUGCAAAGGUGGAUAACAAGUGGUACAGGGUUCUCUUGAAAGGAAUCCUCACAAAUGGCAUGGUGUCUGUGUAUGAGCUGGACUAUGGCAGGCACGAGCUUGUCAAUUCCCGGAAAGUGCAGCCUCUAAUUGAGAAAUUCAGACAACUACCCUUUCAGGCUGUCACAAGUCAGCUUGCAGGUAUCAAAUGCGAUCAUUGGUCUGAGGAAGCUUCCAUUGUUUUCAGAAAUCACGUGGAAAACAAACCCCUUGUGGCACUUAUACAAGCAGUUCAAGAAAGCACUAAUCCGUGGGAUCGGAAGGUUGUGGUGUACUUGGUGGAUACAUCUCUCCCAGACACUGACUUGUGGGUUCAUGACAUUAUGUCUGAAUACCUGGUUGAGUUUUCAAAGCCCCAAUAGUGUGGACUUCUUCAGUGACCUCCAGUGAUCUUAAAGCAGAAGCAAUAACCGAUACAUAUAGUCUGAUCUUUUGGGACACUUCCUUGUUCUUUGUUCUGAAUUGCUGAACGUUCUAAAGUUUGGAAAAUUGAAACUUGUUUUCUGUGAAAGAUAUUUAACAGAAUGAUUUUGUUUACAUUGUUAAGAGUUGAUUUUUCUGAACAUUUGCACAUUGUUUAAUAAUGUAGCUGUACAAAUUUGGAAUAAUAUUGCAGAGUAACAUUUAUUUAACAAUAAAACAGCAG